UGAGGCGGGGCUUGCAUCUUUCUGUGUCCGGAUUGGCUUUUAGAGGGUGUCACGUCACGGGGCUGGUGCUCUCCUCUGGUCACUGUUGAAUUCUAGAUGAGGAGGAGCUGAAAAUGCAGAUUUAGCAUCAAGUACAGCCACACUCUCUCCUUCCCCCCCUCUCAUAUACACACAUAUACACACUCACAUACCCUCCAAGGACUAGACCAUCUGACUUACACGGCUUCCCAUUUCCCAACAACAGGAGGAAAAUACACUCUGUUUUUGUUACCUCCCAAGCUACCCAGGAUCAACCUCUCCCACCCCACCCCCAAGUCUUUUCUUUUAAACUAUUUUUCUUUAAUUUCCACCUUUUUAGAUCCUCUACUCCACCCUAGCCUUCACCCACUCCACCUUCUCUAUCCCCCACCUCUUUGCACUUUUCACACCUUCAAGAAAGAUGCAGGGUGGAAGUCUUUUGCCCCAGUGGAAGGUUGCUGUGGUCUUGCUCUGUAUUAUGAUUUUUGCAUCUGCCGAGAGACCUGUCUUUACUAAUCAGUUUUUGGUUGAGUUGCACACGGGGGGAGAGGAAGAAGCCCGUCAAGUUGCUGCAGAACACGGCUUUAGUGGUAUCAGAAAGCUCCCCUUCACAGGAGGCUUAUACCACUUUUACCACAAUGGCUUUGCCAAGACUAAGAGAAGACGCAGUCUGCCCCAUAAGCAGAAGUUGGAGACAGAUCCCAGGGUAAAGAUGGCUUUGCAGCAGGAAGGAUUUGACAGGAAAAAACGUGGUUAUAGAGACAUUAAUGAAAUUGACAUCAACAUGAAUGAUCCCCUAUUUACAAAGCAGUGGUACCUGAUCAACACUGGACAAGCUGAUGGGACUCCAGGACUUGAUUUGAAUGUGGCUGAAGCCUGGGAGCUAGGGUACACAGGAAAAGGAGUUACCAUAGGAAUCAUGGAUGAUGGGAUUGACUAUCUUCAUCCAGAUCUCGCUGCAAAUUAUAAUGCGGAAGCGAGCUAUGACUUCAGCAGCAAUGACCCUUAUCCUUACCCUCGCUACACAGAUGACUGGUUUAACAGUCAUGGGACCCGCUGUGCAGGGGAAGUAUCAGCUGCAGCUAAUAACAACAUCUGUGGAGUUGGAGUGGCUUACAAUUCCAAGGUUGCAGGAAUACGCAUGCUGGAUCAACCAUUUAUGACGGAUAUCAUUGAGGCCUCCUCCAUCAGUCACAUGCCUCAAGUGAUAGACAUAUACAGUGCCAGCUGGGGCCCAACUGAUAAUGGAAAGACUGUGGAUGGACCCAGAGAACUCACCCUCCAGGCAAUGGCAGAUGGUGUGAACAAGGGCCGUGGGGGCAAAGGCAGCAUCUAUGUGUGGGCUUCCGGGGAUGGAGGCAGUUAUGAUGAUUGCAACUGUGAUGGGUAUGCUUCAAGCAUGUGGACCAUCUCCAUUAACUCAGCAAUCAACGAUGGCCGAACUGCUCUGUAUGACGAAAGCUGUUCAUCUACUUUAGCAUCCACAUUCAGCAAUGGGAGGAAGAGAAACCCAGAAGCCGGUGUGGCGACCACGGAUUUGUACGGCAACUGUACCUUGCGUCAUUCGGGAACAUCAGCUGCAGCCCCCGAAGCUGCUGGAGUGUUUGCCUUGGCGCUGGAGGCUAAUCGGGAACUCACAUGGAGAGACAUGCAGCACCUGACUGUGCUCACAUCCAAAAGGAACCAGCUUCACGAUGAGGUCCAUCAGUGGCGGAGGAAUGGGGUUGGCCUGGAGUUCAAUCAUUUGUUCGGUUAUGGGGUUCUUGAUGCAGGAGCAAUGGUGAAAAUGGCUAAAGACUGGAAGACAGUCCCUGAGAGAUUCCACUGUGUCGGAGGUUCAGUACAAGAGCCUGAGAAAAUACCAUCCAACAACAAGUUGGUUCUGACGCUCACAACUGAUGCGUGUGAGGGAAAGGAAAACUUUGUCCGCUACCUUGAACAUGUUCAAGCUGUCAUCACAGUGAAUGCAACAAGGAGAGGAGACUUAAACAUCAACAUGACCUCUCCAAUGGGUACCAAAUCCAUUUUGCUGAGCCGGCGUCCAAGAGAUGAUGACUCUAAGGUGGGUUUUGACAAAUGGCCUUUCAUGACCACUCACACUUGGGGGGAAGAUGCCAGAGGGACAUGGAUUCUGGAAAUUGGGUUUGUUGGGAAUGCACCACAGAGGGGAGUGCUGAAGGAAUGGACAUUGAUGCUGCAUGGAACACAAAGUGCCCCCUACAUAGACCAAGUAGUGAAAGAUUACCAGUCCAAGCUGGCGAUGUCCAAGAAGGAAGAACUGGAGGAAGAAUUAGAUGAAGCUGUGGAGAGAAGUCUUAAGAGCAUACUGAGCAAGAACUAAUGCUGCAUGUCUGUUUUUGCCUUCAUUCCCUCCUUUCCCAUAACUCUGAGCAUCUUUCUACUCUUAGUUCUUCUGUUAGACCUGUAGCAGAUAUUGUCACUGCCCAAAAAAAAAAUCACAUUCCCUUGAUUUUAUUUCAUACAUUCUGUCAAUGAUUAUUUUUCUUAAAAUGGAACCAUUCUUUUUUUUAACUCUAGGUCUCAAAUAUAUUGUUCCCUACCAACUCCUGUGUACAGUUUGUGACUAUGAAUUAUUUUGUGUCCUUCAAAUAGGUGAUAUCUUGCAAACAAAACUGUGACAGCUUUUCCCUUCAUAUUUUCUGUGGCAAAUGUUAAGAAGAGAAAGGAAUAAUUUGAAAGAAUACAUUUUGUGGCAUCAAGUAUAUUUUUCUGUGCUCUUAGCAGAGAAAGUAUCUCUUGAAAGAAAAAAAAUAAUAGUUUGGAGGGUGAUGUUUGCCUCUAAAACUGAAGGAGUUGCUAGAAACCUACCUGUCUGUGGGUUCUUUGAAAAGACUCAAUUAUCUGGGUUAAUCUCUUCAGUGAAUAAAGAUGGUGUACUUUACAGGUCCCGUUCAGAGAAAGCUAUUAUAAAAAAAGGUGAGGAGAUUCAAGAAGCACAAAUUGGGGUAGAGGAAGAUAGGGAGGGGGGUGGGAGGGGAGGUUCAAUCAUCAGCACUAAGGUUACCACAUUCUAACCAAGCAGCAUGGUGGAUUGGAAACAACUUCUGGGCUGUUGUGUCAUCAGCUAUCACUCUUAGUUACAGUGACUCCUGAAGCCUGCUAGAACAGGACAAAUUAUCCCCAUUUUGUAUGGUAUUCAUCUACCCCUGUUUUCUGGGGUUAAUAACAUGGCUGUCAACAAUUUCAGCUGGUGAACGUGGCAGACAAGAUUAUAGUUGACAUCCAAUUAUAGAUGUUGCAAAAGUCUCUUUUUUAAAAAUCAAGAUUGGUUCAUAAUAAAAAUUGGUGGGGGGGUGGGGAGGGAGAAGAAGGGGAAGAAGCAUUUGUUGGUAUUUUAAUAAUAUUUUUUGGUUUUCUUAUUUCCAAAAGAUCAAAAAGGGAAGACUUAUAGGAUCUCUUUGGGGUAUCUUUAAAACUUCCUGUUGAAAUACAUAUGAAUUGUGGAUGCAAUGUGGCUUGUUUGGAGAUGUUGGCCUAUACUAUUUUCCCUGUACUGAUCCUCUUUUCCAAACCCCUCAAAAGGGCUAAAAAGGAGGUUCAGAGUUUUGACUAAGAGAUCAUUAUGGAUUCAAAUAAAUGUAUAUGCAAAGCAUCUUGUUACCUAGUUACCAUCUUGGUAACCAGAUAAUAAUUAAGUAGACCCAUAUUCAUUGGCCAGAAGCAAUAUAUCUAAAAUAAAAUUCAAAAGUUAUAAGAUUCAUACCAUCUACUUCAGAAAAUCAUCAUCACUUUAUUCUCAAAUAAUCAUUUCUUCUAAGUUUCUUUCCAUCAAUUUUCUUUGCAAAGCUCUUAUUCCCAUCAACUUCUCUAUUCACUCUCAAGAGUUAAUAUUAAUGUUUCCUUUUCUCUUGGACACUUUUCCCCUAUUAUAAGGUUUUCAAUUCAAUUUGAUCUAGCCAGUAUUUAUCAAGGGCUAGCUUUGUGCAAAACAUUGUUCUAGGCACUUCAAAAGAGAUGUAUAGAUGAGUAUAAAAAUCACCAUCUGAUACACAUGAUAUCAUCCACCUUCCUAGAUGACCAAAUACAGUCUAGUCUCACAGCUAUUAUAAAGUGAUAAUGCAAAUAACAAGCCAGGAUGCAAUAAAUGGUGCAGAAUAUCAGACAAACAAGAUCUCACCCACCUGGGCAAAUGAGAAAAUGCUUUUGGAAGGAGUGUAGCAUCUAAAUGCAUCCUUGAACAAGAACUUUCAAGUUCUCAACAGGAAGAGAUUGAAGAGAAAAUGAAGGGGAAACAACAUAAGCAAAAGUAUAAAAAUGGGAAAGUAUAUUUAAGGAAUCUUAAUAUCUAGUUGAGUCUUGAACUCUAGAGCCUAAAAGGCCAUAUUUCCUGAGAAAAUGAAGCCUCCACAGUUGUUCACUUUAAAAGGUGGUGCCUUAGAAAGGAAGGGUUUGAAAAGUCCAAGUAAAAAAUGAGACAGUCACAAUCCAUUGUUAUUUUUUCUUUUUUUUUUCUCAAGUUGGAAUGAGCUGAAAACAGUUCAUUUUAAUUUUACAUCAUCUACCUUUAUGUUUAGUGUGCUUGUGGGCCUUUUUUGGAUAUGAGUCUGAGGGGGGUUUUUUGUUUACCAUCUAUUUCAUAUGAUUUUUUUAAAUAGUUAAACUUAAAAUAGCAAAUACUACCAGUCAAAUACAUUUCAUAGUGAUGGUCUGAAAAAUAAACCAAAGGAUAAUUUGUGUGCCUACUUGUCUAAGUGCACACAGAAACAUAUACAUAUGUAAGAUAUAGACACGUAUAUACAUAAAUACACUUGUAUAUAUGUAUAUACACACAUAGAACUAAUGUGUGUGUACCUACUAAAGAAACAGAGCUCAUAUCCAUCCAUAAAAGAAAUUUUCAAAAAGAACAAAAGAUUGGUCAGAGUUUAGAUGAAAACAUACAUUGAUCCUCAUUGCAUCCUGUAAUUUUGCAAAAACUCUGUAUAAACAUCAAAUGUCAUAUAGAAGCAAAAUUAUAAAAUGGCUGUUCAUAUUUUCACAAUUGUGUCAUUAGCAAUGAACAUAAUUAGCUUCUUAACAGAAAUUGUAAGUUUUGAUAUGAGAAUAUGGUAUAUAAAUUAUACAUAUAUAUUACAUAUAUACAUAGCAUUCUAUAAAUAUAUAUAAAUCCUUGGUUCUCUACUUCAUUUUUCACACCAGUAUUAAUGAAAAGCAUCCAAUUAGUGUAAGUUUUUAUGAUAGCACUGCUGCAAAAUAAAGUUAAUUUAUAGUCAUUUAUAAAAAAUAAAGAUGAAUAUAAGCAAAUGAUUUAAGACAGGCUGCCUUUGUUUAAAUAUCAAUCCUUGUGAUGAUGUUUUAUAAGUAAAAUGAAGAAAUUAUGCUGUAAAUUAGGAAGCUCAAUAAAAAAAUUACCUACCAGAAA